CGGCGCUGAAGCGCACGGCCGCCUCUUCCAGUUCCGCUGGCUCGGCCCACUGCAGAGGUCUUGGGGAACUCUGACAGCGUGUAUCCAGCGGAGAGACCAGCAGGAGCUCAGGGUGGCAAGCCUUGGCUGAGGAGCAGGGGACAAAAGCCAAUCAGGUUUGCCUGACAUCCAUCAACCAGGCCCUGGACAACUUGUCACAGCCCAGCUUUGCCUGCCUUGCUGUGUCUUGGAUCCCUGCCCAGUCCACAGCCAUGGCCACAGCUGUGGCCCAGAAGCUUAGCCACUUUCUGCCCAGUGUGCGGCAGGACCACCAGGAGCCUCAGUCAUCUGUGCAGCCAGAGCCUGUCUUCACGGUAGACCGAGCCAAGGUGCCUCCCCUCUUCUGGAAGCCGUACAUCUAUGUGGGCUACCGGCCACUGCAUCAGACCUGGAGCUUCUACUUCCGCUCACUGUUCCAGCAGCACAACGAGGCAGUGAACGUCUGGACCCACCUGCUGGCAGCCCUGGUGUUGUUGCUGCGGCUCGCCAUCUUUGUGGGGACUGUGGACUUCUGGGGAGACCCCCAUGCCCUGCCCCUUUUCAUCAUUGUCCUCGCCUCCUUCACCUACCUCUUCUUCAGUGCCUUGGCUCACCUCCUGCAGGCCAAGUCUGAAUUCUGGCACUAUAACUUCUUCUUCCUGGACUACGUAGGUGUGGCUGUGUACCAAUUUGGCAGUGCCCUGGCACAUUUCUACUAUGCCAUUGAGCCUGCCUGGCACGCUCAGGUGCAGACCAUUUUCCUGCCCCUGGCUGCCUUUCUUGCCUGGCUCUCCUGCACUGGCUCCUGCUACAACAAGUACAUCCAGAAGCCCGGUCUGCUGGGCCGCACGUGCCAAGAGGUGCCCUCAGCGCUGGCCUAUGUGCUGGACAUCAGCCCGGUGGCACACCGCAUCCUGGUGUCCCCCAACCCCGCCACAGAUGACCUUGCUCUUCUCUACCACAAGUGCCAGGUGGUCUUCUUCCUGUUGGCUGCUGCUUUCUUCUCGGCCCUCAUGCCUGAGCGCUGGUUCCCUGGCAGCUGCCACCUCUUUGGGCAGGGCCACCAGAUCUUCCAUGUCUUCUUGGUGCUGUGCACGCUGGCUCAGCUGGAGGCUGUGGCGCUGGACUAUGAGGCCCGGCGGCCCAUCUAUGAGCCACUGCACACUCGCUGGCCUCACAACUUCUCCGGCCUCUUCCUGCUCACCGUGGGCAGCAGUGUCCUCACUGCGUUCCUCCUGAGCCAGCUGGUGCGACGCAAACUUAGUCAGAAGACUCUGUGACAGGAGCUGGCAGCUGGUAGGGAGGGAGGUAGAGUGGGAGCCCAGGGGUCUGGGCUUGGCCCCAUAUGGGAACAAGGCCUGGUAAAGUUGUUUGUGUCUGGACUGCACUGACUCUGCACACACCUCAGCUGCAAAGGGUGGCAUUGGCCAGUCCUUGGCCCUCGG